GGGUGAUUUCUUUUUUUAUGUUACGGCUUACGUAUCAUCCAGUUCAUGUGUGAAUUAUAAAAAGAACUCAAUAAAGUUCAUUGUUACUGUUACCUUUUGUGGAAUUCGCUGAAGUCUACCCGCUGCAGUCUUUCGAUCUGGAAAAUUUGUCAUCAUGGGUCGUAUGCACGCACCUGGAAAGGGUAUAUCUCAGUCAGCUCUCCCUUAUCGUCGGAGUGUACCAACUUGGUUAAAACUAACUCCUGAAGAUUGCAAGGAACUUAUUUAUAAAUUAGCAAAGAAAGGAUGUACUCCAUCCCAAAUUGGUGUUAUACUUCGUGAUUCUCAUGGAGUAGCCCAGGUAAGGUUCCGUACUGGGAACAAAAUAUUACGAAUUAUUAAAAGUAUGGGCCUUGCUCCGGAUUUACCAGAAGAUUUAUAUCACCUGAUUAAAAGAGCAGUUGGUAUCCGAAAGCAUUUAGAAAGAAAUCGCAAGGAUAAAGAUAGCAAAUUUCGGUUAAUUCUCGUUGAAUCGAGAAUUCAUCGUCUUGCAAGAUAUUAUAAGAUGAAGGGUUCGCUUCCACCUAAUUGGAAGUACGAGAGUUCUACAGCUAGUGCUUUGGUGGCUUAAUCUAUUUUACUAUAUCGAUAUACAUGAUAUUAUUAAUAAACAACUUUCGUCGAUUUAUGUACACUUGUAAAUAUUUUUUUAAUUUUUGAUCUGUACUAGUCCAAUCAGACUGCCAUUUAGAACUAUUAUUUUGUCGUAAUAAAAACGUAUUUAUUAUUAUAUUAAAACACUGAAAUGUCGACUAAAUAGUUUUUCGAUUAAUAAUCAUAUAGAAUCGAUCGAA